CAGCCCUGCAUUGUCCUACACCAGGGUUCUGAUGGAAUAUUAAACAGAUCAGAGCUCACAGCCACAACCAUCUGGAAACUCUCACAGAGCCAUGGGAUGUACCCCUGGGAGUUGCUUCUGUGCAAUUGGUUCUAAACUUCAAAUAAUAAGAGGAAGCAUUUCCAUAAAACCUUGAAAGUUCAAUAUGACAGGGGAGAGACUGGAGGAUUUGUCUGGAUGGCAUUUUGAAGAUACAGAAAUAACUGUAAAUGUUGGGGGGUACAAGAAGAAGCUAAGGUAUGAUACACUGUUAAAAUUCCCAGACACCAGGUUGGGAAAACUGUUGGGUUGUCAAUCAAAGGAAUCCAUCCUGGAACUGUGUGAUGAUUAUGAUGACGCAAUGAAUGAGUUUUACUUUGACAGAAACCCAGAGCUUUUCCCCUAUGUGUUACAUUUUUACAAUACGGGGAAACUCCACGUCAUGGGAGAGCUUUGUGUGUUCUCCUUCUGUCAAGAGAUCGAAUACUGGGGGAUAAAUGAAUUUUUUAUAGACUCAUGCUGUAGUUACAGCUAUCAUGGGAGAAAGGUUGAACCUGACCAGGACCAGUGGGAAGAAAAGAGUGAGCAGGAAAGCACUACAUCAUCUUUUGAUGAGAUUUUGGCUUUUUAUCAUGAUGCUUCUAAGUUUGACAGGCAGCCUUUUGGAAACAUCAGAAGAAGACUUUGGCUAGCUUUAGAUAACCCAGGGUACUCGGUCAUGAGCAGGGUAUUUAGUAUCCUUUCCAUCAUCGUGGUCCUUGGGUCUAUUGUAACUAUGUGCCUCAACAGUCUGCCAGACUUUCAAAUUGUUAAUGCCAAUGGAAGUUCAGAGGAAGACCCGCGGUUUGAAAUAGUGGAACAUUUUGGCAUUGCUUGGUUCACUCUUGAAUUGGUCAUGCGUUUUGCUGUAUCUCCGGACUUCAGAGCUUUCUUCAAACACCCACUGAACAUCAUAGACUUCAUAUCGAUUGCUCCUUUUUACAUCACAUUAAUAGUCAACUUGGUGGUGGAAAGCAGCCCAGCUCUGGCAAAUUUAGGCAGGGUAGCCCAAGUACUCAGACUUAUGAGGAUUUUCCGCAUCCUAAAACUUGCCAGACAUUCCACUGGCCUACGGUCUCUAGGAGCAACCUUAAAAUACAGCUACAAGGAGGUUGGCUUGUUGCUGCUCUAUCUGUCUGUCGGGAUUUCCAUAUUUUCUGUGGUCGCUUACACCAUUGAAAAGGAGGAGAAUGACGGCUUAGCCACGAUUCCAGCUUGCUGGUGGUGGGCUACAGUUAGCAUGACCACAGUUGGUUAUGGAGAUGUCGUCCCAGGUACCAUUGCAGGAAAAUUAACAGCUUCAGCCUGUAUCCUAGCUGGGAUACUGGUAGUUGUGCUUCCCAUCACUCUCAUAUUUAAUAAGUUUUCCCAUUUUUACAGAAGACAAAGGCAGUUAGAAAAUGCUAUGAGAAGCUGCGACUUUGGCGAUGGAGUGAAAGAGAUACCAUCUGUAAAUCUGAGGGAUUACUAUGCCCAUAAAGUCAAAGCUUUGAUGGCAAACCUCUCUAAUAUGAGCAAGAGUACUCCAAGUGAACAGAGUCUUGAUUGCUCUCUGAACUAA